CAGCUUCAACAUGGGGGGCAGUUUUUAAAAAGGUACCACGCCUCCGGUUAGCAAUGGUUGUUUCGGCCUGUUUCACUUUAACCAAGUCAGUUUUAAACUUAAAACAAUAACCUCUGCAUUACCGUGUCAACAGAGAGGCCCCAGCCAUGGAGGAUGACAGUUCAUCCGUGACAGAUCACUCCUCAGAUGUAAGUGCCGAAGCAUUCGACAUUGAGUAUAUCGUAGAACCUGAUAACAGCGAUGACUCUACUAUCUCUGGCUCCGAAGAUGACAAAAAGCCGGACAAAAAGUCUGCCAAAAAGGCUGAGAAAAGGUCUGACAAAAAGCCUGAGAAAAAACAGCCAGACAAAAAGACAGAGAAAAGGCCCAAGACAAGGCAACAAAAGCGCCAUUCUUGCACUCUUUGCAGCAAAGUAUUCGAUAGGCUUUCCAAGCUUAACCGUCACCAAUCUGUACACACAAGGCCAAGGACCUUAAAGACUCUCUAUAACUGUAAGCAUUGCGACAAGACUUUCAAAGAAGAAGAGAAACUGCUACGACACCAGGAUACUCACAACAGGACAAGGGAGCACCCGUGCGCAGACUGCGAUAAAGUGUUUAACAAGCCUUCCAGGCUCGCGCGGCAUCGACGCAUCCAUGAUAGGAAACCAAAGGAACCACACCAGUGUUCCUUCUGUGCCAAGACAUUUGAUAAACUUUACAGACGCAUCCGUCAUGAACGAAUGCACACGGGCGAGAGACCUUUCACCUGUUCCUUUUGUGGGAAGGGAUUCUCCGAAAUGGGUCACUGCAAAGCUCACGAAAAGACUCAUCAGGAUAACCCGGAGAAACCCCACCACUGCCCCGACUGCAGCAUGUCUUUCUUCAAGGCCUCGGAACUCAAUCGGCACCAGCGCUCGCACACUGGAGAGAAGCCAUUUCAGUGCAGCGAAUGUGACAGCUCCUACGCCCGGUCCGAGAGUCUCAAGAGACACAUGAGGAGCCACACCGGGGAGCGGCCCUACGCGUGCAUCACCUGCAGCAAGGGAUUUUACUCGCGCCAGGAUUUGAACAUUCACGUGCUCAUCCACUCGGGAGAAAAGCCCCAUCUUUGCCCCGUGUGCGGUAAAGGCUUCUCGCAACUUGGCAACAUGAAGGAGCAUGAGAAGAACGUGCAUGUCAGGCCCGAGAAGUAUUCUUGUAACGAAUGCGGCGCCACCUUCACUCGUUUCAAGUCGCUCAACCUGCACCAGCGAGUGCACACCGGAGAGAGGCCAUAUCUCUGCUUGCCUUGCGGGCGAAGCUUUUCCUGGAGUCACUGUCUGAGCAGACACCGCAGAACUCACGCUCACAAGCAGAUGUUGAGAGAUGCCACCAAAGACCUACAAGAUUUUGAAGCACUCACUGAGAGUCAGUGCAGUACACGUUUAUUUUCUGCAAGCCCUACCAGUUCAAAUGGAUUGGACAUAGUGACAAACUAAUUUAAAUUCACAGCGAUGGAUGAAAAGUACCACAUGAUUAGACGUUUGUCAUCGUCAGUGGAUUUAUAGGAGUUAAGGAUAUUAUAUUGGACAUUAUGUAGGAUUGCCUCUUCCAAUGUAAAGCCAAACCGGCAUUUGAAACACUAGUUCAGUUUGAAAUGAGUGGACUGUGCCCUUGGUAAUGCAUAAAGUAAAAACAAUCAAGAGUUUGAGUAGAUCCCUUUUCUUUCCUUCAGUCAUACUAGUCGAGGCAUUUUGAACAAUUAUAUGAAAACCAGCUUGGGAAAGUCCAGUUUCUUUUUAAGCACGACUGCCAUUGUGCACAGUACAAGUAGAGCUGGGGUCUCAAACUGAUUCCGCAAAGGGGUGCAGUGGGUGCAGUAUUUCAUUCCAAUGGAUCCAGCACAGACAGUUUAUAGCAACACUUAACAAAUUCUCAACCCUCAUGAAACAUUUUUAAGUUUUGUGGUCAAAUAUCGACUUACAGGGAGUUGAAUGACAGCUCUUUCACUGCCUUACGAGAAUGGUGGUAGGAUCGCUGCCACACGAAAAAAAAUGUGCCUGCUUUAUAGCAUACGACACUUCGCGCUUCCCCAGCUGUUACAAAGACUGAAGUCGAACUCGAAAGCCCGUACUGGUAUCUUGGCAGAAUUUUUAUUUUUUCUGUCGGGAUCUGUAAUUCGUCAGUCGGGGGGUAGGGGUAUACUGUUCAUAUCCCAAGUUAAUGAUGAAUAAUGAAGUUAUGAUAUUGUUUAGCCACAAUUAGAUUCAUUACUUCAUCGCUAUUCUGCCUUCACACAGCCACUGGAAACACAAAUGUAGUUCAGGGCGACCAGGAGAUGAAGACUUAACGACACUUGCACAGGUUCACAUGGGAAAUUAGGUCUGUUUCGUUAGGCGAAACACUACCGCCGUUUUUGUCCACUGGCCUUGCCAAAAUAACCAAAAGUUGUUAAGUGUUGCUUUAACCAAUGAGGUUUCUGCUGAAACAAGCAGCACCUGACUGCAAUCGAUCGGUUUUACUUGUGAGACACCAGAUUGGUGAAAGGCUGUCCUAUUGUUUGGUUGGAAUGAAAACGUGGACACACUGCGGCCAUUUGGAAUUAGUUUGAGACCGCUGAAGUAGAGAUCGACAUUUGACUACAAUUCCAUGUUCAACUUUUAGUUAUUUUUGCAGGGUGUGUUAGACAGAUUGCCUUAUGUGACCAUGACCCUGCAUAUAGUUAUGAAAUUAAUUUUUGAUGGCAUAAAACUAUGGAAAGUGUUUAUAAAACAACCCACCACAUCCAAACAGAACAGAUCAUCCCUUCAUAAGUUAUCUUUAAUGGUUUUUUGUUUGUUUGUUUGUUUUUUUUGUCCGCAGAACCUGGCAAAUACCAAUAUUGCUGCAACUGCUAAUGGGCAUUUGCCCUGUAGGUGUGUAAAGUCAGUGUCAGAUUCUGGCGUCAUAUAUGAAAUAUUUUUUGAACUGCGAUGUUUGUUUUCAACACAGCAAUGCAGAUGAAGUUAGUGUCAAGUAACAGGACGUAACUGAUCUCAGCCACAUUUGCCCUGAGAGACCCUGUAAAGUGGAUUCAGAGAUUUGUUGAAGAUAAUGCUGAAAAUUUGCAAAAAUUGCAAACUAUAUAUGUGACUAUAUAUAUGAAAAACAUUCUUCUCUGGUGUGUCAAAUUUAGGAGGCAUUUUCACUUUACAGGGACUUCUAAGUUAUUUCUGCAUAUUGAAGUUAGUGAAAACCUUACCAAAUGUGUAUAUUGCAUGCUUUACCAUUAACAUGAACCAAUAUCCUGCUGUCAUUGUUACUUGUGAACUGUGUCAAAAUAAAAAAAUGAUCUUUUUUUCCUCCA